CCCCGCCCACAGCGACAUCACAAUUUAGAGGGCUAUACAGCCGUAAAUCUAAAUAAGCUAUUUGUGCGUACAUCAGUGCUGUGAGGCUGAGGGAGGGUUGAAUAAAUGGGUGAAUAAAUCCGAGGGCGAUGUCGAAGGGAGCGGUAGAAGAGGAAAUCUUGAAAGAGAUGUGCUUUUAAUAAGGCUUUAAAGAUGGAGAAAGUGGCGGUCUGUCGAAUGUGAAGAGGGAGGGCGCAUCCAGGCCGGAGGGAGGACGUGGGCGUGAAGUUGGCGGCAAGAUGGACGAGAUCCAGGUGGCAGAGUUCAUCGAUGAGCGCCCGGAGGAGGUGAAGUGGAUGGAAGAAUUCCGGACCAGCAACAAGUGGAGGCUCCUGGGAGAUGAGAAUGAAGACUCCCAAGGCUCAGAGAUCUUUCCAGCAGCACCACGUCCAGGGAGCUCGGAAACUUUGAAACAAAUGAAAUCCAAGAAGUCUUCCGACAAGCCCCGGCACGACUCCCCGGACGCCUCGCCUCCCCGCCGGGUCCGGCACGACUCCCCUGAUGCCUCACCGCCCCGCCGGGCCCGGCACGACUCCCCCGACGCCUCACCGCCUCGCCGGGCCCGGCACGACUCCCCAGAUGCCCGGGCCCGGCACGACUCCCCCUAUGCCUCGCCGCCCCGCCGGGCCCGGCACGACUCCCCCGACCUCUCGCCUCCCCGCCGGACCCGGCACGACUCCCCCGACCUCCCGCAACCCCGCCGGACCCGGCACGAUUCCCCCGACCUCCCGCAACCCCGCCGGACUCGGCACGAUUCCCCCGACCUCCCGCCGCCCCGCCGGGCCCGGCAUGACUCCCCCGACCUCUCACCGCCCCGCCGGGCCCGGCACAACUCCCCAGUCCAGUCCUCGACCAGAACGAAAAGCAGCAAAGGCCUAGACAGACCCUCCACCAAGUCCUCUCUAAGUCGGAAGGAUCCCCGGCACCGUGAGCAAUCGCCCCCCAGGACCAGCGGACUUGGGAGUGGUUUUGACCCAUCUCCUCUGCGGAAGAAGCGAACAGAGUCUCCUCCCAAGGAGCGGAAGCCUCAGCGAGGUCCUAAAGGCUGCUCCCCCGCCCGCCGGGAACAUCCUUCGAACCCGUCGCCCACACGGCGCCGGAGGCACGACUCGGACUCUCCCCCUCCCGAUCCGGACCUGUUCCCACCACGGAACAGUGCGGUUGGCCGGGCUCCCGGGCCCCGGGGCUCCGACUCUGAUCUCUCCCCUCCGCGGAGGCGGCAGAGGGCCGGCUCUUCCGAUUCCGACCCGUCUCCUCCCCGGCGUAGUCAGUCCGGUGCAAAGAAGGCCCAGAUGCUUUCCGGAGCAAAGGCGGGGCUGAAGUCGGCUGAUGCAGUGAGAAAAGAGCAGCAGGAGCUCAGGAAGUCAGAUCGGGAAACCAAACAGCUGGAAGCCGAGUCCCAAAACGCGGAGACGGUUUUCCGCGACCGGCUGGGCCACAAGAGGGACCUGAAGCUGGAGCGGUUGGAGCAUCGGCGACAGGCAGAGGAGCAGUCCGAGAAAGACGAGCAGUACGCCCAGUGGGGGAAGGGCCUGGCUCAGAGCAGGCAGCAGGAGCAGAACGUGCAGGACGCCGUGAAGGAGAUGCAGAAGCCGCUGGCCCGCUACAUCGACGACGAGGACCUGGACCAGAUGCUGCGGGAGCAGGAGAGGGAAGGGGACCCCAUGGCCAGCUUCAUCAAGAAGAAGGCGGCCAAGGAGAACAAGGGCAAGAAAACCAAGCCCCGGUACAGCGGUCCAGCUCCACCACUCAACAGGUUCAAUAUCUGGCCUGGGUAUCGCUGGGAUGGAGUGGACAGGUCCAACGGAUUUGAACAGAAGCGCUUCGCCAGGCUGGCCAGCAAGAAGGCCGUCGAGGAGCUCGCCUACAAGUGGAGCGUGGAGGACAUGUAGUCGGGUGGUGGUCCAGGGCCUCAGUGGGCCUGCGGCUGCCAGGGGCAAGGCAGGGGGCUAGGCAGAGGCUCGGGGGAACUGGAUGCCAGCCUCUACCUGUGCCCACUCCCGGACAGCCCGGUCCCAGAGGAGACCUGAGGUGGCUUGGGUGGGGCAAAGCCUUGAUGGGAAGAUCUUGGUCACCCGGGCGCCCGGGGAUGCCCAGCUGGCCCCUCGGCCGUCUGGGACUAGCUGGCUAGGAGCCCCGGGAGCCCACCUUUGAUUCUUUUCCCUUUUUUUUCUAACAAAUACAUCUUUAUUUUUCCAA